AUGAACGAGUCCAAAGUGCAAAAGAGAGAUAUAAAAUCUUCGGCUUCCGAGAAUCGGAGGUUAUCUCAAGAAGUAUCUGAUUUGCGUGCGAAGUGUUUACAGUUAGAACGACGAAAUAAUGAAUUAACCAAACAUACAGCUGUCGUUGCCACUGAAAUAGCUCGCUUACGAGAAGAUAACGAAUUUCUUGCUGGUGUUAACGCAGAAUUCAGUUCUGAAAAUGACGACUUGAAAGAAGAGGUUAACGAAUUAAAAACAAAACUCGAACAAUACCAGAUACGAUCAUCAUCUGAAAGCCUUGAUGUUAUUGAUGUUCCAGAAGAACGGUUAGCAAAACGGUUCAAAUCAGAUGGGUCAAAAAAAGUAAAGAAGAUGGUACACUACGCCGAAAAUCAACCAAAAGAAGAACAAGAAGAACAACAUGAAAAGGAGGCGAGGAUUGAAAUGAAAAUGAUCUUCAAAACUAUUAAACCUAAUGACAAUUUGGAUGAUAACGAAACGUUUAAUAGUACAAAAAAUGUUGAAAUUCGCAGUAGAUUAAUUCCCGAACUUCAAAGGGCGAUGUUUCCGAAUUAUAAACCUUCAGUAGCACAAUUGACGAACUGGUUGAGCAUCCUCCAUAAGUCACGAAGAUCACAAACACAACUGAAAAAAAGUGGAAAAAGUGACGAGAACAGUCGCAGAGUUCACAAUAACAGUCGCGUACAAAAUAAAAAAUUGCGUCGAAUUAAGGCUGCAAAGGAUCUUUAUAGGAAAAGUGACGAAAGAAUAAUUGGUUAUGAAAAACGCCAAUUAUUAAAAAUGUUGGCAAAUCGAUCUUACCACUCACCGGAAAUCAGUGAGUCAGAUGAAGAGAAUCCAGAUAAGACGAUCGUAUGCGUCUAUGAUUAUUCUUGGCGAUCACAAGAGUAUGAUGAUGAAGUUCAACACUUCGACCGAAUGCACCCUGAAGAUGCUCCACAAUGGUCAUAUGUCGAUAGAAGUGGUUUCGAAGAAGAUGAAGACUAUGGUGAAGAAACGGAAGAGGUGUUAAUCGAUAGUCAAAAAAGUGCAGCCGGUGAUGAUUUAGCUGAAUGAAGUGGGACUAUCGAUUACAUUUAUUUUAAAUUUUUUUU